AUGAAGUACCUGCUAGUUCUCUGCUUGCUGAUUUUCGCUGAUGGAUCAUCAGCUUGGCGGCGAUUCUUUCGUGGCAGAAGCAAGGAUGGUCUAGGUACCCCGAAUUUGUCGAGGAACCACAAGCUGGCCGAUGACUUGUGGUUCCAGCAGGAGCUUGAUCACUUUGAUCCCACCAAUACUCAGACAUGGCACCAGAGAUACUUUAUGAACAAACAAUUUUUCAAACCUGGUGGACCGGUGUUCAUUAUGAUUGGCGGUGAAGGAGAAGCUAGCGCUAAAUGGAUGGCCGAAGGACAAUGGAUUGAGUAUGCUAAACAAUUUCGGGCUUUGUGCUUUCAAUUAGAGCACCGAUUUUAUGGCAAAAGUCAUCCAACUCAAGAUUUGAGCAUCAAGAACUUGGUCUACUUAACAUCAGAGCAAGCAUUAGCAGACUUGGCCUAUUUCAUAGAAGGAAUAACGCACUUGCACCAGAUACCAGCCGGUACUAAAUUCAUAGUCUUCGGAGGGUCAUACCCAGGCUCAUUAGCAGCUUGGAUGCGAGUAAAGUACCCUCACCUGGUCCAUGGAGCAGUUUCAACAAGCGGACCCUUAUUAGCAAAAAUUGACUUCCAGGAGUACUACGCAGUAGUAGAAGACGCUUUAAAAACUCACUCUCAAGCGUGUGUGGAUUCAAUAGCCGCUGCGAACAAGCAGUUCCACGCGAUGCUGCGUCACCGUAUCGGCCAGCAAGAUUUAUCAAAGCUCUUUAAGCUCUGCGACCCCCUGGACCCAGCUGCUACCAAGAAAAACGACAUUUCGAACCUCUAUGAAACGAUUGCGAGUAACUUCGCUGAGGUAGUUCAGUACAAUAAGGACAACCGUAACAGUUCCAAGACCGCAAAUGUUACUAUAGACACUAUUUGCGACGUAUUGGUUGAUGAAAAGCAAGGAAUUCCCAUCGAGCGGCUGGGAGCUGUUAAUAACUUGCUCUUAAAAGCGAAUAAUGAGACUUGUCUGGAUUACAAAUACAUGAAGAUGAUCGACGAGCUUAGAAAUGUCUCCUGGAAGGCAGAAUCUUCAGAGGGAGGUCGCCAGUGGUUCUACCAAACUUGUACUGAGUUUGGAUUCUUCCAGACUUCUACUGCAAGGCCUGAAUUGUUUAGUGAGAUGUUCCCGGUUGAAUUUUUUGUCCAGCAAUGCACUGAUGUCUUUGGGCCUAGGUAUAAUAUUCACCUAUUGGAGUCUUCUGUUGAACGCAGUACUGCCCAUUGUGCUAAUAUGUAUCCAGCGUCAUCUUCGGAUCUUCCGGAUUUAGUUAAAGCUAGACAAAAAGUUGGAGCUAUAAUUCAUGAUUGGUUAAAGUAA